GUAUCCACACUACAAAUAAUGUGGAGGUAGGUAACAUUGUUUUGAACUGACAAUGGAUGGGAUGAUCAGUUCCUCAGAGUUGUUUGCGAACCAUGUAAAUAUCUUGAGAGAUAUCGACACAAGUCCAUUUAAAAAUCUAGACAUGACUUACUCCCUUUCUUCCAUCUGCAACAUGCUUUGUUUUAAUGUGAUUUGAAAGAGAAUUUGGGUGAAACUGUCUGUUGCCAUCAGCAAAUGAGCAUCUAACUCUGGUUGCUUGCUGUCGUAGUGAUCUUCAUUGAGCAGGUCUGUAUUCAAACUCCUGAAAUGAAUGACCGUCUACUCUACCUGUCAUGUUCAUGUUUUGUUGUUGCUGUGGCAACUGUUGAUGCUGCAGCGGCUGCUGUUGCAACUGUGGCUGCUAUGGCAAGGGCUGUGGUGGCCGAUGCUGCUGCUGUAGUGAAUGAUGAAAGCGUAUAGAGUAAGUAGAAAUAGCUUAUAUUUAUAACUUUUCAGACUAUAUACUUUUAAACAAACCUUCAAACAAGAAAUCCAUGUAAAUGCUUCUAUUGCUAACACAAUGAUUCAGUCACACAAAGUUAUAAACAUAUUCUGUGUGUCCUCGUGUUCUGUUCUGUUUAGCCAAUCGAAUGGCAUAUCGACUGGUUUACUUUCAUCGACAAAACUCUGACCACUGGUUUACUCAUAAUUGCAGGCGGUUAUGUGUGAUUCAUGCUAUGUUUACCAGUCCAUGACCCACAACGAUAUAGUAGCAGAUUACUAGUGAAACCACAGUUAAUAGAAAUAGAAUGGUUUGAACCAGAGCGAUUACACCAGAACUGAAGAAACAAAAUAAUCAAUUUAAGCAAAGCUAUAUGGAGUAAUAUGUUCUGAAGGCUCUAUCUGCCCGAGGGUGCUUUCAGUCUGCCAAUGCAUCUGCGUCACAACAAUUAAUCCGUACCAGGUACGUACAAGGUCCAAGUACCUUGGCAGAACAAGGGAACCGUUUUCUAGCCCUGUUAAUAUUACAAAAUAUCUGAUAAAUAUCGAACUUUGGCUGCUAAGCAUAUGAACAACUGAUGCAAACUUGGGAUUAACCAAUCGGAAAUUAUCCUGAAGGUUUUUUCCUUCACGUGCAUACGUACAAUGGCCCCCUCUUUGCGCAAGGACUUUUGAUCGCAAUGUCGACGUGCACUGCUCAUUCGCAAGACUUUAGCCAGUGCGUUAGCAUAUCUGGAAAAAUUUUUGGCUAAAAUUUAAGGGACGAAACCUUGGCAAAGAAGUGGAAAUUUAAAAAAAACAACAGACCAAUCUUGGAACAAAUGGCAAAGCAAUGCGCAAGAUCACAAGUCCAAGGACGACACAGUUUCCCUGAGACGCACAAGAUCCCAUGCAUGCAGUGUUCCAGAACCAGAAUGUUGCCGCUUGCAAUCCACGUUCUGUGACCUCAAACGGAGUGAGUUUGUUCCAUAUUGUUUAUAUACUUCUCUAAUAUAACGUUCUUGAAUUUACUGCUAUAUUACACUAUUAAUAUAUAACUUUAUUUUGCUCUUCUGCUGUCCAACAUGAGUCACAAUUUGUAUUGUAUUAGUACGCUAUGCAUUUGCGCCUACUCAAGGUUACGUGCUAUCCUAUUAUCUCCAGUUGCAUGCUAUUGCUAUACUUUGUUUAAUUUAAUACCAUACAAACAAGCACGUAAUUAACUGCAUAUUUAGAUUAAUAUUGUAUGCGAACUUGUGUCGCAUCCGCCAUUCGCUCAGGCGGGAACUGUUUUGGAAUAUCUUAGGCUAGAUCUGUUAUAACAGCUGUAAUACAGCCUUAUCGUACUGCUACUUUAUACACACGAGUCACGAUUCAUAAUGCACUGUUUGCUGCAUUUCACUUAAUUUCCUGUGCACAAGUCUUAACACAGUUCUAUAGCUAUUAUUAAUACUUUGUAUCAUGCCAGCCGUACGAACAACAUGUAUUCAACUACAAAAAAUUACACCCAGUACAAAGACGUGGUUUUUCUUGUUAUAUGAGGAUGGUUUGUCAUAAUAUAAGGACGGUUUUAUUAUCCUAGUUGCAAGGACGGUUUAUCCUAGUUAUAAGGACGGUUUAUCCUAGUUAAAAUGAUUGAGAUGUUCAUAUAUAAACCGACCUCACCAGAUCCCAACUAGAAAGGUUAUGCUGUAGCAAGUUAAAUGUUUCUUUGUGCAGAUGUAUAUUUUGUUACACUAUAAACCAUACAUAUACCAUGGCUUACACACGGCUUUAUUUUAUCUUUCCUUAAAUUCAAGCCACACAUGGCUGUGUAUUUACUAAGAACUAUGGUGCUAUUGUGACUUGUGAGUCGAAUAACUCGAAAAACUGCAUCUGCGUCACAUCACGAGCUAUGUAUAAUAAGAUUACUCAGUUAUUUUUCAUUAAUCUCGCCGGGGAAAAUCCCGCACUUAUGGAGUGUCAUAUAACCAAUUUGCGCAAUAGUUUUACCACACACAUAUCAUAUACACGGCGUAUAUAUAUCGUGGCGUUCUCGUGUUGUUUGAGAGAACUAGACUAUUGUCUUGCUUUCCCUUGAGGAUUAAGAACAGUGCGGGAACGCUGCGGGGGCGGUGCAGUGUAGACGCUGCCUUAGUUGACCUGCAUCUGGGAACGAAGGCGGACUUAUGGCCUCAUUAAUAUCAUUAUCGAGACGUAAGCAUAUAGUUAUAGGCGUAUAGUUAUACUAAUAUACUCGCAUACGCAACUAUUUCUCGUGGCAAGAUUCAAAGAGAAGAUGGGUUCCCCACGCUCUUCUCAGAUAUAAAAAAAAAAGUGUGACUGAAUGACUUCAUGCAUGUACACAGUUUAUUAGUUGAUGUUUUGCAGACCUCGGUCAGUCAUCAGGUCACAUCUCGCAAGCCAGAAAGGAAUUCACACAUCUCGUAAAUCCGCAAUAUUCUUUAUAUGAAUAGGGCAAUGCUAAGGGCAACUAUCAAAAUCGUUUGCCUUUAAUAAUAAUUGCUUUACUGGCUAUAAUUAUACUGCCAUUGGAUUGCACAUAGGUAAUAAUACUAACGACUUACAAUGUCAUCGCAUACAUAUUUAAAAGUGCCAAAGACAAAGUCACAAUAACGGUGUACUAUUUGUAAUUGUAGACUAGCUGGCAAUAAUACAAUUUGGCUGAAGAUAUCUGUCAAUAGGAGAUUAGUUCUGCACUUUAAACACCUCUAAAAAGAAACACAGUUGUGUUUCGGUUAUUUUCUCUAUGGUUGCAAAUGCACGCGAUUUACCGUUACGUACAUACAUGUAGUCGCUAAUACGACUACGACAAGCCCCCAAUGUAAUGUGGGUAUAAUUCUUCAAUACAUGAAUGUAAAGUUGUGUUCCCCAUGUUGUAUAACACUUAGUGAAACCCACCUAUAUAAUACCAGACUGUGCAUCAGUUGGAUGCAUAAACAACCAAAAUGCAUGGCAAACACAAUCUGAGAGAAACACUAUACUGUUUCAAGUUAUCAUAUAUGUACUAUACAGUACACUCCAGCUAGAUCCAUCAUGCAUGUAUACUCGCUUUCUGUGCCUGGCAAUGGAAUUUGCAGAGGCAAGCAAUAAUUGAUUUUCAUCCAUAUCAUAUAACAAUAAUCCGCAUGCAUAAGUUGCUUUAUAAGGCGGUUUAGCUGGCAUUAGAGUAUAUUCACUAACAUAAUCAAUCAGAUCUUGGAUUUUGAGGAACGAACAUUGCAUAAAUGAAUACGAGUCCGUUUUUCGUCCUUAGAUGCAGGUUAACUAUUCAGUUAUCUUUCCACCUAUACAUUCAUCACCUAGUUCCACAAAUUUCUCACUGUACAGGUAGAGCACUCGUUUUUUCUCUUGCGUCUUUCCUUUUGUUUUUAAGGCGAACAACAGACUCGAAUGCAUUCUGGUGAUGUUCACUCCUGCUAUCUGAACCGAAGACUAUUCCCGGAUUGCAGCCUCAUCGCUCGAUUAUGAACUCUAAAACAUUCUAACCUAUGAACUGUCUAUAUGUAUUGUAAUGUUCCUGCAUGAAUUGCGAGGACAAGGUUUUACUGAGGUUUAACCAGUAGUUUAUAACGCUCAGAAGUUUCUAUAAUCCAGUUUAAACAAUGGCAAAUUCAAAAUAUAACCUAACUUGGAUACUUGCAGGAAUAAAAUGGUUAUAAACACUUUAUACUGGUUGUAGAAAAAGCAGCUAGUUCAAAAUGCCAGCCUACUUGUAAACCCGCAGAGUAAAAGGGUAAAAUCACUAUGCUACUAUUACAACCCUCGCUACGACGUUAUCGUUUGCAGUCUUAGGUAUGGUGCUGUUUACCAUGAUGCUGAUUCUUCUUACACUUGUAAAGAUAGAGCUAUGUGGGGAGCUGCGGGUGGUCUUGGCCCUACCCAGGUUUUCCUGUACUGCAGGUUUUUUCCUGGCCUCCCUGAUUACCCAGCCUUAGCAUAAGUGUCAGCAUCAAGUGAACAGCAUUCUCUAGUGAACCUCGGGCCUUUUGACUUCGUUAAAUUGACAUAGCCGGACUUGGCCGCAUCGGCAAUGAACUGAAACGGGUCUGCAAUUAGUUCUUUCAUAUAAAAACAACAACAAAGUUCAAACAUUUAACGAAUCUGCCUAAUAUUGACAUGCUAAACGCAAAGCAAAAAACAAAUUUUUAUUCUUUAACCACCCCUUUUUCACUUUAUUGCCGACCCGGUCGACUCUGCGCUGCUUCCCGUGGCGGAAACGACAACCUAUACUUCGUAUAGAUUGUCAUUAAUGGCAGGGAAGUGCUGUCCGAUGGACAACACUUCACCACGUGAAGCGCAAUCACUGCUCAUUCAGGUCGCACUGAAGACCUGAAUGAGCAGUCCUAGAGACUCGAUGUGGUCAGUAAUGUGCCCUAUACCAAUAGUUGUUCACCAGUCCAACUAGGUCUCAAUGUCGACGGCCUGACGGAUCUGAACGGGGGUUCGCCUGUUCCCCUGUUAUCUAGAGGUCCACCUGUUCCUCUAGAACCUACAGUUUUUGCAUGUAUCCUCAGCCAGCUUUGAGAGUACCCUGGGUAAUGUGCCCUAUACCAAUAGUUGUUCACCAGUCCAACUAGGUCUCAGCUCGCUGAACGACAUGCACAGAGCCAAGCAUGCCCUCUGCAGUCUAGAGAUUCGCCUGUUUCUCUAGAUAAAACUUAGGUUAGCGAGAGCCUCUAGACAGUUCGGCCAGAACUGUUUUCGAGCACUUCUCUGCCCAAAAUAUAUGCCACAAAAAUGUGUUCCAAGUUAUUGUUGUCUUGCUUAGUUGCCAGUUGUUCGAUUUUAACUACUGUCUCUUUUGCAACAUAUUCAACUUCAUUAACAUCCAAUAAUAAUAUAUAUUCCAUAAGGUAGAAUACUGCACAUAGGAACUGAAUUUGGGUGGGGAAGCAUAAUCAUAGUUCAUAAUUUAUAUUGCAUUUAGCUUUCAUUUAUCUUUGUACAUAUACUUGAAAUUUCUGGAAUGUUAUUGGGAACUUAGGUGUCAAAUAUAUUUUACUAAUCUCUUGGUGAUCACUAGAGUUAGACCAUUCUGAUGUCACAUGAAGUAACUUUGCUAUAAGUAUAAAAUAUGAAUAUAAAGGAAUUGUCCAAGCUAGUCUGUUAACAUUUAAUGUUUUGUAGAAUUGUACACUCCAUGCACUUUAGCUAUUUAAUCCCCAGGCCUUGCAUGGCUUUUCAACUCCCAGCUCUACAAGCCUUUUAACCCCCACUUUGAUUCACAUUGUCUCUCCAACUCAGCCCCGCCCCCCUACAUUGAAAGCUUGUUACUGUUUGAGAACUACCUUACUGAAACUCUAAAAGUGUUUAGAUGCAUGUGCCAACCAAGUACACCCCCUCCCACUGGAAUCCUAAUAUCAGCCAUAGGCUAAACAUAUAAGUUAUCACACGAUGGCUUGCUAACAACAAAUAAAAUAUAAUAUGCCAAUGUGUGUGAACACAUUUUUCUGUUUACUUUCAUGCUUAGCAGUGGAAAAUGACACUUUUUCCCAACCCACCUCAUAAAUUUCCUUGGGGGAUCUUUCUGGAAUGACCCAAUGAGAUUGCUUGCUUGUAGUUUUCAAACGUAUAUUUACAAAAAUCAGAAUAAAAUUUGACAUAAUUUACAAGUUUGGUUUAACCUAUUGAGUGGCAGCACUCUCCCCCUGACGAGUAAAAUCAUCUGGUGUUAUAUAAUACCUUAUUGAAUUCUGAUCGUUUGAUUGGCUGUUUAUGGUCACAUGAUAUUGAAUAGAAAACUCCAUUUCCCAAGAGUGCAAUGGGACAUGUAUGGUGGCCGAGGGCUGCCAAUAAUUUUUUUUCAUAAUUUUUAAAUAAAUACAUAAAUUUUUGUAAAGUAAAAUGAAAAAAGAUAAAAAAAGAAAAAAAACUUAAAUAAAAUGAAACAAAAUUAAAAUUAAAAGUAAAAUGAAAUCAAAGUAAAACAAAAAUAAAAUAUUCACGUGGCCCAUCGCUGCCACUACCAUAAGUCUUUGCGAACCGAAUACUAUAUGAUAACUACUUCAUGUCAGCCUUGUGUAUAGUGUUUGGAAACCGCAUGUAAAUAUGGCGGAAGCGUGGAAAAAAACUCAAGGACAAAGUUAAGGACAAACGAACAAAAGCACAAAAACAGGUUUACAGGAGACCCAAAGACGUCCAAAAGGAGAAGAAUUGACUGUUCAGCGUCUUUCAGCUCAUGUUUCCGGGAAAGCACAGAAAUAUACUCACAUGGGACCUCGAGAGUUUGUGCCAUUUCCCGAGAAAUUGGAAUUCAAUAUUGGCAACAUUAAAAGUGCUUGUCUGAAGCAUUUUGCACCGACCAUUGGGAGUGAUGUCGUUUGUGAUAUUCUCACGGGAGAACAAGGACCGUCCUGUAAGUGCCAUAACCAAAUUCCUGAUUUGAAGGUUAUUCACGUUUGAUUUUUGCCUGACACAAGCGCUCAUGUCCCUGAUGUCAACAAAGUUGGUACAAAGAAAAGAAAGGCAAUCGACAGCCUGAUCGACAGUGGCGCGUUCGACGUUGACGAUUGGGAGCCGCCUAAACCCAGUAUAGCAUCUCAUCUUGAAACCAAGUCUAGUCCAAACAAAUUCCGAAAGCCUGGAGACACCGUGUCUGCUGAUUUUUCCUCCCAAAGCAAGCAUAUUCCGAAAAGUUUGUCAAUAUCGGACAUGAUAAAACUAAUUAAAGUAAACAAGUUGACUGCGACAACCUUGGUCAAAUUGUAUCAGUUUGAUAUGGAAAUGCGUGCCUGGUCGAAGAUUCAUACAGAAGUAGAAUUCUUGGUAGAGUAACAGCCUUUGGGCUCUGGAGGCUUCAGGAAAGCGUUUAAAGCAACAUGAAGGCACAAAGAUUUUGCUGGCACAAGCUGGGUUAUAUCAAGCAUUAUCUUCCUCAGGCUCUAAAAUGCAUAGCAGAUACGGGACAAACAGUGGAAGACCAUAACCGCAAGGUUGUCCAGGAUCAUGUUACUAAAGGAUCAUGUUACUAAAAGUAAAGGAAGUGAUGAAUUUGGUGAUUUUCUCCGGUACAGGAAAAUCUUCCAUGGGGAAACAGAUGGAGGAGAAUAUGUGGCAGUGGAGGAAUUUAUACCUGGCUGCUUCACAAAGUAUAUAAACAACACUGGUUUGAGCAGUGUCAGUAUCGAAUCUGCAAAUAUUAUUGGUCUGAAAGCUGAAUGCCUGGUUCACUUUUCCUACCAAAAGUCAGGAAAACAGUUGAUGGUUGUUGAUAUACAAGGUAACGGGUAUGAUUUAUUUGAUCCGGAGAUUGCAUCCACUGAACUGGUUGAUGCAGACAUGAACUACCUAUACUGCACUGGAAACCUAUCAGAUGUGGCCAUUUCAGCCUUUAUUCGCCAACACAAGUGCAACCGAUAUUGUGUUCUGGCCGGACGUGAGCCGUUAAAAGCAUAACUUUUGUGGUACUAGAGGAACCUUGAUAGAAUAGUCUGUUGAUAUUAUAUUGUUUAUGGUGAGGGUUAGAUCUGGACAAUGCUUAAAGAUUUUCCAUGUAUUUUCUUUUGAUUCAGAUUGCAUUGCAUGCCCCUAUUUUUAUUGGUUAUUUUGAGCCAUCCUUUUGUAAAAUGUAGGUAUGGUAUUACAUAGGUAAAAAAUAUGUUGUGUUCUUUUGUUAUGUUAGAAUUGAGUUAACUGGAAAUAAACUGAGUUUUGAUCUUGGUUUAUCUUACUUGUAGUCCAACAUGUUUGGAAUGACUUUGUAACAACUUCAUUUUAUUAAUUAAUAAUUACAUUGAUAUACACUUGGAUAAUAACAUAUUGGACUCAUUAGUGUCUGAAAUGUUGUUUUAGAAACAGAAAUGUCUCUUUGCAAUCUGAAGGUUGCAAAUGUUUUACAUCAACAAUUCUCUCACAUUCCUCUCUGAAUUCAGUUGUAAGAUAAUCAUCUGGUACAUCAAGAACACCAGAUUCCAUAGCAACCUCUUCAAGUUGAUCAUCUGUCACUGGUAUUCCUGCAAAUAAGGGAAACAUGUAUACUUUAUCUUUUAAGUGCACAACAUAGGUGGCACUACUGGGGGUAAAGGAAGGGUGUGGUACAGGGGGGGGAGUACAGGAGGGUGUGUGGCCCCUGGUGGUGUCCAGCACCCCCUUCAUAAAAUCUGCCAUUUUGUAUUAAAUUUUGAAUUCGCUGUACCUUAAACACAAGUAAUGUGAUAACAAAUUUAACAAAUAAAUUUAUUGCCCAGAAUAGCAUUUUAGAGUUUUGAAUUUAAUUUUUAACCCCCCCCCCCCUAGUAAUGCACCCCUCUCUCGAAAACCCCCUUUCCCUCUAACAGAUUAGGCCAGAUCCACCCUUGGCACACAACAAUGCAUCAGAAUUUGCUCCCAUAAUUAUUUUAUUCUAUCUUAAGUACAGACCAUUUUAAUCUGUUUAAUCAAUGUCAGACGACAUACCACAUUCUUGUAAUCCAUACUUUUCAGGAAAGCUAUACAUGUGGUUCCGGGACUCCAUUUGGGAGAUAUGUAUCUUUCUGAGCACGAAUACGAUGAGUAUUCCAUACUACAUCCUUGAAGUCAUUCACCUCUUUCUCUACCACUGGGAUCAUAAUAUAAGCCAGGAGCAUUCUAAGAAUGUCAGAUUCUUAUUUAUUAAACUGAAUAUAAUUCUUAUGCACUACUCAACAGGAAGACCUCUCCAUAAAUAAGAGCUACAAUUUUAAUGCAACAUGCAACCAGAGCAAAACCAAAUCCUACCUACAAAUCUGAAGGGGAGGGGUAUUUUCCAUUUCUUCCACAGCCAGGUUUAACCCAUUAAGCUGCAGAGUUCCCCAUUGAUCAGUAAAAUCAUCUGGCAUUAAACAAGUAAAAAAAUAGGUGGGGCACAUUGCGGCUGAAUGGGUUAAAUAAGGUUACAGUACAUCAGGGUUCGAUGGAAACUUGUCUGGUAUUUUUAUAUACAGCAUAAAGCAGUAUUUUUUUCUGUGUUGGUGUUAUGCAUAGACAUCUUAUAUACACUAGAUAGUGCAUCUAAUUAUUCUGCAAUUCAAAAAUUGAAGCUGUGAUUGCAGUCUCAGGUCGUUCCCAUGAAAUGAGGAGAUUCGUAUAUUUUCUAUUUCUUAAACAGGGAACUUAAACAUUAAGUUAAAUCUAUUCGAAAUACGAGUUUUCAAACUAUUCAAAUGAUGAAAGUUAUUGUUGGUUUUAAGCGUUUAUUAGCAAGUGGGAACGACCAACAUGGCUGCCAUCUAUUCAAAUGGAUGUAACCGCUGGAAUAUUCUUGGCUUCAAUUUUACUAAAAGAGAUGCGCUAUCUAGUGUAUAUAAGAUAUCUAUGGUGUUAUGUACUCAGGUGAAUAUGAAUAUGGGGCUAGUAUUCCAAAGGUUGUAGGUUCGAUUCCCACCGUGUGGCCAGGCAUACUUUUCAAGCUUGUCCGGUGUGGAUAUACACUCAGAGUAACAUCACAAAUAUCAUAAAGCAGUAGUAUUUAUAACCUGUCAACAUCAUCAUGGGGGUUGUAAUGUCCUUGGUUUUUUAACCAUAGCAGUUGCUCUUUAAAAAAAUUUUCCAAUUUCUCAUGGAGUUCCCUCCACCAUCUUUCGAUCUGAAAUAAUUAAAUAUGUACUUAAUAAUUUCAUAACUGCAGCAAUAUUCAUAAUGUGACUCUGUCCUUGUUAGUUUAUUCUUUGAAUUUUUAUGAACCACAUAUUAAAAUGCCUAAUUCCUCAGCCAGGUCUAAUAUUGUAGGUGCACUUUACUGGUAUGCUACCCUUUGUAAUUAACAUAGCUUACAUUGUAAAUCAUGUUACCUGAUUGGAUGUAGAGGGACCAUAUAAUAUUGAGUCUACUGGGUCAAGGUCAUCUGGGUUAUUUCUUCGAAGAAAGGCAUGAAUAGUUGCCAUGGUACCAGUUUCUGAACCCCUGUCAAUUCUCAGCAUUGAUGGCAUAACUUUAGUUUCCAGGAGAUAUUCCAUGUGCCAACGACCAACCAACUGUGGAUCACAAUUGUUCAUCCACACCUUAAUCCAUAGCAAUUUUCGACUGGCGGAGUCUAAACACCCAUAAACAGCUAUAGGGAAGGUUGAGCUUUGAUAGCCCAUGAGUUUAUCAUGGCCGUCGAGUGAAUGCAACCAGUUUGGCCCUACUGAUACGAAAUUCCCCUUUCUUUUGUGGUUCUUCUGUCCAGGUGUCUGUGCGACUAACGCUUGCAGGUCUAAAUUCGCCAUUACAUCAUACACCUUCUCUCGGGUGACAUACAAAUCAUAUUUCUGUCUUAUUUUUUUGUGCAUCAGUCUGUAGCCGAGUAACUUUCCAGGUCCAUCUAGUUCAUUUCUUACUGCUUGCUCUACUUGCUCAACGGCAAUUUCUUUAUCGUUGUAAUAUAUUUCAAAAUGACGUAAACGUCUGUCAAGCGAGCGAAUGCUCCACGGAUAUUGAGCAAAGUCUUUUUGGAAAAAGUCAACAAUCUCACUUCUUGAGCCUUUGCUUCACAAGUCUCUGCAUUUCAGCUUUCAGUGCUUCGUCAGUUUUCCAAAUUGCUAGUCUGUUGUCAGCCAUUUUCCAAACACUAUACCCAAGGCUGACAUGAAGUAGUUAUCAUAUAGUAUUCGGUUCGCAAAGACUUAUGGUAGUGGCAGCGAUGGGCCACGUGAAUAUUUUAUUUUUGUUUUACUUUGAUUUCAUUUUACUUUUAAUUUUAUUUAAGUUUUUUUCUUUUUUUAUCUUUUUUCAUUUUACUUCAUUUUACUUUACAAAAAUUUAUGUAUUUAUUUAAAAAUUAUGAAAAAAAAUUACUGGCAGCCCUCGGCCACCAUAGACAUGUUCCAUUGCACUCUUUGCAAGUGCACUUGUACUACCGUAAACCUCCAACUAUAAGCCAUGGGCUUAUAUUCUUUCGUAAGCGAUUUUUGAUGGGCUUAUAUACAGGGAGGGGGUCUUAUACAUGAAUGACCUUUUGUGUUAGUGUAAUAGUGAUAAACAAGUAUAGUCAACUAUGGUCAUCUUCGACAUCGAAGGACGAACUACAUAGUGUAAUAGUGAUAAACAAGUAUAGUAAUAUAGUGAUAAACAAGUGCUAAACAAGCAUACUAUGUCUACUAUUGUAAUAAUAGUGAUUAAUAGUGGUAAUAGCAUAGAUAUGAGAUAUCAAUGGGUAUUAGUGAUAAACAAUAGUGAUAAACAAGUGGGCUUAAAUUCAGGGGGGGGGCUUAUAGUUGGAAUGAGGUGAGCGUUAGUACAUCUGGUGGGCUUAUACAAGGGGGCUUAUAUUGUGGGAGCUUAUAUUUGGAGAUUUACAGUAUACGUUUUAUUCCAUUCCAAUCUUUGUGUUUUCGAUAAAUCGAAUCCGUCAAAAUGCUUCUCAUACGAAUCUAUUAGUCUAUCUUGGUAUUAUUUAAAUCAAAUAAUGAAUGUUUAUGAGUGCAAUGGUAAAAAUAUUCCCAUUUGGUGAAAGGAUGGAAUGUUCUAUUUAACUUGGAGCCUUGUUGAAUGGAACAUUCCGUCUUUCACCGAAUGAAAAUAUUUUUACCAUUGCACUCAUAAAUAUUCAUUAUUUGUAUAUUAGACAGAGUAAAAUAAUAAAGUAUAGUGCAUUGCCACUUAAAGGUUAAUAUGGUGUGGUUAUUUUGUUCAUGUAACGAAAAGUUGUAUUGAAUUGUCUGCUUAAAAGUGUAUUUUAACUUAAUUCACUGUUCUUGAAAUCCUUUCGCAAUGCCUUAGAUUUCCUUUGUUUUUCUCUAAUAUUGUAUUGAGUAAUAUAAUCUCUGGCAUAUGAGAAUGAUCUUACUUUCAAGAAAAGUUUUACAAUGUUCUCUAAACACAACUUUUGUGUGUCUCCAGAUGGAUUAACUCCAGAUGAAACCACAAUAUUAUCCCACAAUGAUUUCACAAUGGGCGUGCUAAUAGUUUUAUAACAAAUCACAUGGCCACUGGGAUAUUUCUGAGGACGUCCUUUGAUUUGUUAACCUCUCUACGAAAGUUUAUUUCUGCCUCUUGCAAAAUUCCUAUGAGGUCAUCUGAUGGGUUGACAAGACCGACCGCCUCUGUUUUUAGCUUGUAUGAAGCUGUUAUUUUCUUGCUCCAACUGUGCAGGCUCCUAAGUAAUCCUUCGAGUUCAGUGUUUUCUGACUCAGUCUUUUUCUUUCUUGCACUCAUUAACUUCCCAACAACAUAUCCAGCAAUAUAGGAAAGAGGUCCCAUUUCACAAGCUUCAAUCUUUCAAAUCUUUUCACAUUCUUUUGUUGUGUUCUCAGUGGUG